UUACAGUAUUAUUCAGUUCUGCUUUGCUAUAAGAUCUUGAGAGGGAGACAGAGGGAGUGAGGGAGGGAGGGAAAUGGGGAUUUUGGGAAUGAGAUUCUUUAUUUUAUCAUCUCUUGAAAGAAAGGGAAUGGGAUUCCAUGAAGCUUUUUCCCCUAAAAAGGGAAUGAAAUUCUAUCCCUUCUCACGAAGAGUUUUGGGUUAUUCUACGACAUUAUUGACGUGUUCAUUUGCAGACAGGACAAGCCAAUGUUUCCAAGGUAGAGUUGAUGGGAAUCUGUCAAGUUUACAUUUUCUGAAGUACCUGAAUUUGAUGUUUGUGUUCAAGUUUUGUGCUCAUUUUGGAGGUCCCGUAUCAACUGCUCCGGGACUGAUUUUUACUCUUUUGAGAGUGCAAAGAAUUUAGGCCGGAGGUCCUUCAGAAAAGAAGUUAGAUCUGAGAGAGUAGAGUAGCUAACCUCCUACCGGAAGACAACUAGUUACCUCGGUGAAGUUAUGUUGAAGUUUUUGUUAGAGAUGCUUUUAGUUAUGUUUGGCUACUGACUGAACCUGUGCCUAUUGAGAUCUAAUAUAUCCAUUGAAUGUCUGGUCUUUUAGUGUUGUUGCUGUUACUUUUUGCAGACAGCGAGUUUUAAAUUUUCUCUUUCUACAUAGUCUAUGAUCUACUUUUUCUCUGUAGAUGUAAAACUCUGUUCAGUUGGGAAAAUUCAACAGGAUCAUCUUGCCAAAGCAUGUAGUGAAAAACCUUGAACGUUUUGGUGAUA